ACAGUAGGCUACGGCGUGCGGCUGGCAUCCCCUGUGAUGUCAGUGAAACAGGACCGCUGAUAGGACCGUGCAAAACCUAGAGCUGAGCUCUUCACCUGUUCGCAUGCACAGUCGCCUCUUACCUGAAGUUGCAGUUCGGACGGGAACUGACCAGUACUUUGCUUAACAAUAUGUUAUCUUACGUAGGUUGCAGCCUGGUUCUGGUGAUCGUGGCAUUCCCGGGAGCGGCACUUGGUGAGAUGGUCUUCCGCUGUCCAAGCUGCACUGCCGAGCGUCAGGCAGCAUGUCCGGAGCUCACGGAGACUUGCGCAGAGAUAGUGCGGGAGCCUGGUUGCGGUUGCUGUCCGGUGUGCGCCCGUCAAGAAGGCGAGUUCUGCGGCGUGUACACCCCGAGAUGUGCUAGCGGUUUCCGCUGUUACCCUCAGCCGGAUUCAGACUUGCCUCUGGAACAGCUAGUGAAAGGGCACGGGCGUUGCGGACGCAAAGUGGACACGGACCCCACGGUGGAACAUCGUGAACAAAGUGGUGAGGUGCUCGAUCCGUUCGACCUGGGCCUAACAGAGGUUCCCCCGGUCAGCAAGGCCACUAAAGAUAACUUGUGGAUCGGACCCAAAGAAAGCGCCGUCAGGCAGCACAGGCUGGGCCAGAAGGCCAAGAUGAAGUCCAACAAAGUGGAAGAUCCCAAGGCACCACGCCCAAAAUUGACCCAGUGUCAGCAGGAGCUGGACCAGGUGCUGGAGCGCAUCUCUAAGAUGCCCUUCAGGGACAACAGGGGGCCGCUGGAGGACCUCUACGCCCUGCACAUCCCCAACUGUGACAAGAUGGGCCAGUACAACCUCAAACAGUGCAAGAUGUCGGUGAACGGACAGAGAGGCGAGUGCUGGUGUGUCAACCCCCACACUGGACGCGCAAUCCCAGAAUCCCCAGUGGUCAGAGGCGACCCCAACUGCAGCCAGUACCUUGGAGGACCAGAAAUGAAUCCCCCGAUUGCACCCUUAAAUUAGCCCCCUUGCCCAUCUGCCCCCCCCCCCCUAACCCCCCCCCCCCCCAACCCUCUUCUACCCCUACAGCCAGUACGAGGGCACAACCAGGCCCAGUAGAGUCAGUAUUUCAACAUUAAAGUGAGCUGUACAGAUAUAUGUGUUUGUGUGAGUGGCUGUAGACAUUUUGUUUUUGGUGUGAGGUGUUCAACCUCACACAGACAACAGAUUCAACUGAUCGUUGCCAAAUAUGUAUGUUAGGGGUGCUGUUUAGGAGAAAUAGGAUACUAGGAAAACUAGACAUCCCUAGAGCUGUAGAUGAUUGUAGAUCUUGUAGGACACCAUAUGGUUAGUUUGUGGCAAAUCCAAUUCUCCAUCAUCUAUACCAGGGGUUUUCAACCGGGGGUCCGCGGCCCCCUGGUGGUCUGCGAAGGCAUUGCAGGGGGUCCGUUGAUCAGUUCACCAUUGACUUUUUUUAUUUUUUAUAAA